CUUUCACACAUUGGACACUUUCAUAAAGUCAGUGAUUUUGUAGGAUCAGAGUCAGGUGUGUGAUUAACCAGUGAUACCAGCAGGUGCUGAUGAUCAGAGUCAGGUGUGUGAUUAACCAGUGAUACCAGCAGGUGCUGAUGAUCAGAGUCAGGUGUGUGAUUAACCAGUGAUACCAGCAGGUGCUGAUGAUCAGAGUCAGGUGUGUGAUUAACCAGUGAUACCAGCAGGUGCUGAUGAUCAGAGUCAGGUGUGUGAUUAACCAGUGAUACCAGCAGGUGCUGAUGAUCAUCAGAGUCAUGUAGGAUGAAACCCAGUCAUCUGUGUAGGUGAGGAUGUGGAGACAGUCUCAUGUCACAGGUGACCUUACCUCAAACAAAGGUAGAUCUACUGCAUCAGCAUGGUCUCUCCCAGGAGAGAGCUCAGAGCAGACUUCAGUUUCAGGAUGUGAUGGUCAAGAUAUUUUAAAGAAGCACAAAGAAACACAAUGUUGAGGAGAGUAGACCCAGUGUGCCAAGAAAACCUAAUGCAGCAGAUGAAGGACACAUCACGCUUACUUCCUUUCAAGAUCUGAAGAUAUCCAGCAGAGACAUCAUCACAGAACUGGAGGAAACAUGUGUUACCCAGGUACAGCCAUCUUCUGUCUGGAGAAGUCUGGUCAGAACUGAUCUUCAUGGAAGAUUUGUGGCCAAAAAGCCAGAUCUCCGACAAACUCAACUGUGAAUUAAAACAGGAGCUGGACUUCAGACAAACAGCAGCAGGUCUCUGGACUGAUGAGUCGACAUGAGAAGCAGGAGGCACGAAGAGAAGAACAAUAAUGAGAGUCUGCAGUCAGAGGAUUAAUGGUGUCCUCAGUGCUGAGAAAUACAAACAGAUACUCCAUGUUAGAUCUGAACAUCACAGAGUCUGUCUGGGAUUCCUUCAAAAACUGUGUGUCCUGAGCUCUUCACCACUUUGGCUCCAAAGGCUGAUGCUCUUUCCUACCUGGAACUACAUUUCCCACAUUGCACCAGGGCCAGAACAGCAAACUGAAGGUUACUUAGAGCUCAUCGACUCUCCUGUCUGUGUGACCCCUGACCUCACAGUAUGUAACCCUGGGGGGGCACUGAGUCAUGUCAUUGGGGUCAAGCAGGCAGCCAGACUGCUGAGACAGAAGAGCAGUAGAGGAGCACUUGUGUGUGUAUAUGGGGAUGUGUGUGUGCUGUGCCCUCUGCUGAUUAUUUCUCAGAAACCCUUCUUCUGCCUCAUCCUCAGUGAGGGAGACUCCACUGUCUCUGUCAUGGUCACGGUCCCAGAGUGUGUGUACUGGAGACAGUGUCUAUGUGUAGGACACCGUGUGUGUAUUUCAGCACUUCGUGUGUGUUCUGUUCGAAGGUGGGCGGGUCAGCGAGUGCUGUCUGUCACCACUGAGUCACACCUACAUCCAAACUCAGGACCCUACACAGAAUCUGAGGACAUGAACACACUCUCAGAGUCACAAUUGGAAUUUAACUCGCACACACAAACACACACACAGUCACAGGCAGACACACACAUGGACACACACCUGCAGACAAACCCUGAGUGCAAGGAGGCCCAGGUGCAUCAUGGUCCAGUGCAAACAAAAUUCUCCAAAAUCAUCAACUACAGGGGCCGCAUCACCGGAGUUCAGGACGCAGAGGCGGGGCUUUAUAAGAUUGAUGGGGAGAUGCUGCUGUGUCUGGCCUAUCAGCCGCUGAAGAAAUGGGGCGGUGGCUUAAGACUGGGGGCGGAGAUUGAGCUACACAACAUCCAUUUCCUGUACCGCCCAUCUCCACUCGCCCCUGAUGUUGUGCUGUGUGCGUGUUUACGCUCAAGCAUCUCUGUGACUAACUUCAGUCCACUGAGGUCAAAGGUCACUCUGCAGAGGUUAGACAGCCCCCUGGUCCGUUUCCUGUUGGAGAAGAACCUUGGUGUAUCGGCGUACCUGUGGCUAUGCUACUGCCACGCUAUGCUCACUGACAGGUUGUGUCCUCACUGGCUGUGUGAAGCUCGAGUGUGUGUAGUGGCUGGAAGGUUACUUCAGGUCAUUUUAGGAGAUGAAUUGAUGAAGAAAGACAAGAGAGACAUUUAUAAAGAAAUGCUGCAGGACACACACACCUGUCCUCUCAUUCAGUACUGUGUGUCUAGUCCCAGUGCUUCCCUAUACUCUGUAAAGGAGCUCUGUGAUUGGCUAGAAAAGGAGAGUUGGGCGUGUCUCUCUUUGUCGUCUCUCCUUCCAUCUUCAGCAUGCCACAUGACUCAAGCUCAACUGAACCCUUUGCUGGCAUGGUCAGUGCAGACACACACUCUGGCGCAGACACACACUCUGGCGCAGACACACACUCUGGCGCAGACACACACUCUGGCGCAGACACACACUCUGGCGCAGACACACACUCUGGCGCAGACACACACUCUGGCGUGCACAGACACAGUGUUGGUGGGCGUGUUGGAGCUGAAUGUGAACAGAGCCACAGUGAGACUGGUGGACCAGACUGGGGCCAUAGACUGUGUGUGUGUACAGAGUUCAACCUCAGAGCAAUUUGGGUCCAUCAAUACAGCAUGGAUAGGGUGUCUGGUGUGUGUUCGUAGGUGUACGUUAGUAAUGGAGCGAUUUAUGGAGACAAAUUUCCCCUCUUGGAAACAUCUGGAACAGCUCAGAUACAUCACACACAAACACUGCAGAGUGUAUAUCUGUGUUUGUGUGGAUGAUCUGCACAUUUUGAGCCCCACAACUGCUAUGAAGUUCCUCAUCCAGGAGAAGGAACAUAAGCAAGAGACAGCUAGACCGAAGAAGAGGAUGAGGAAAGAAGAAGGGCAGAAGAAUGAAGAGAAAUCUUCCCUCUAUCACAAUCAAUCUGUAAACGUUAAAGCACUAGCAGAAAGGAGAGAAGAAGGUGGAGAAGAAGGUGGAGAAGGAACUGGAGGAAUGGAGAUGGAUGAGUGCAUAGCAGGCCCUUCUCAACCCAGCAGGACGAGUGCAGAAUCCUGUGUGUCACUGCUGUUUCAUGUUCACUCCAAACAGGGCGUGGCUUUUCGCAAUGUCCAAUCAACCAAUCAGGCGCAUGCACUUACUCUGAGCUUUGUGGUCAAGGCAACAUGCCUCGGUAACGUGCAGGUUUGGGACAGAGACCCUAAGAACUGCAGAGUGGAGGAGAGAGAGAUGAAGGGUGCAGACAUCACUAUGGCGCUGCAGUUUGUGAACUCUGCAGUUCGUUGGUUUCCUCUUCUGCAGCCUGGAACAGUAUACAGGCUCAUUGCUUUACACACACGGGAUGUAGCCAUAUUGUCCUGUAGCUGUGUUCCCGUGAGGGGCGGAGUUUCUCUCCACAGUAACCCCGCCCUCCUCAUUCAGCCUAACUGGCGUAUACACACACUAAUGCCACCACUGUUUCUGUCACAGCCCGAGUUUCAGAGGCUGAUGAGUGUCUCUGAUGUCCUCCAUGCCAGCUCGGCUGACGUCGUCUCCGUUUACGGAGUUAUCACUGAGCGAAUCACCCUGCAGGAGGAGACGAGGACAACCAUCCAAUCACUGAUCAGCACUAAAGUUACAGAAGGUGCAGUAGAGACAGGUCUGCGUGUGCGUCUCACUCUGCGUGAUGUUCAGUCUCCAUAUCACACACUACAGGUGUACCUGGAUUUUGGCCACAGUCCCUACACACCCGGACUCAUCACUGGGGCAACUGUUCACCUGUACCACCUCCAGCGCAAAGUGUCUGUUGUGUGUAAUGUGUACUGUUCGUUUCUGCCUAUCAGCUGUGUGACAGUCGCAGGUCUGGGGUCAGUUCAGCCCCGCCCUCAUUCUCCCACAGUGCACCUGGGUAAGUGGGCUUCAGACCCGGCAGAGCACGGCAUCCUGGGGCAGGUCAGAGGUCAUGUGGUGUGUGUUCUGUUUCUGAAGGUGCAGUGGACGUGUUCUCUCUGUGGGAGUGUCUUCAGACAGGCUGCCUGCACACGACGCUUCCCAUCAUGUGACUCAACGAGCGCUGUGUUUCAGGCAGAGGCCAAGGUGGCAGUAGAAGAUGGUACAGGUGAAGCUCAGGUGUGGUUUCCUACAGAAACACUGGCUAACCUGCUGCUGCUAGGCGAGUCAGAGUGGGAGGGGCUUCAGAGGCUUGUCAGAGUCAAAGGUCAUGUGAGAAUAUACAGUCGUGGGGGGAACAUGGUGUGUGAUGUGGAUCAGGAUGAUCCGCUAGUGCUGUAUUUGCGCUGUCUUUGUUCCAGCAACGCAGUGUGUCGCAACAUCACACUCACCUGUAAACUCCGUCCUCAAAAACCAGAAAAAGGCCAGGUGAGGAAAGUUAGACGAGGAGACCGAGAGUUUCUUACCAAGUUUCCCAAACCACUUCAGCUACAAUGCACACGUAUACACACUCCCACACAGACUGGGGGAAAUGUUACACAGUGUGUGUAUACAACAUGAUAUAUGUGUGUGUGUGUGUGUGUGUGUGUGUAUGUGUCUAUGUGUCUGUAAAUAUAGUGAUGCUACAACUGAAUAAAAAUAAAAGUUUUCCUUAUUUUUUUCAUUUGAUUUUCUGACAUCUACAUAUCGAUUUUGUGUGUCUGGGUUUGUGUGUCUGUCUGUAU